UCCUGGCGAAAUGUAUCCGCCCCACUGUCAGUCUCUUCCCAAACUGGGCGCUUGUUUUCUGUCCCGCCGGAGAAAGGAGCUAUCCAGCUUUACGUUAUUGAAAGAACACAUUCAAGCUGUGAAACAAUGCCUUCUGAUUGACAUCAACUACAACAUCUGUCCAUCAUGAACAGCGAGGAAGAGUUCUAUGAUGCUGAGACAGGUUUGGAAUCAGACGACUCGUGUGAAGUCAGCUUUAAAGAUGCCUGCGUCUAUGCGAUCAAGCAGAGGGUGAAUGGCAAAGUGCCGUCUGAGAAUGGAGUGUUGGAGAGGCGAACUACUCUUCCAGCGCCCAUGUUCUCCAGAAAUGACUUCAGUGUAUGGGGCUUCCUGAAGAAAUGCAUUGGAAUGGAGCUGUCCAAGAUAACAAUGCCUAUUGUUUUCAACGAACCACUGAGCUUCUUGCAGAGGAUUACGGAGUACAUGGAACAUACAUACCUCAUCCAUAAAGCUUGUAAACAUUCUGACUCUAUUGAGCGUAUGCAGCUUGUUGCAGCGUUCGCCGUUUCUGCAGUCGCUUCACAAUGGGAUAGAACUGGAAAACCUUUUAAUCCUUUAUUAGGAGAGACUUUUGAGCUUACAAGGGAGGAUGAGGGUUACCGCAUGAUCUCAGAACAGGUGAGCCACCAUCCACCAAUCAGCGCCUUCUACGCAGAGUCACUCAAUCAGGACUUCAAGUUUCACGGCUCCAUCUAUCCUAAACUGAAAUUCUGGGGGAAGAGUGUGGAGGCAGAGCCUAAAGGCACCAUGACACUUGAGCUGUCCAAGCACAGAGAAGCUUACACAUGGACAAACCCUAUGUGCUGUGUGCAUAAUGUUAUUCUCGGUAAACUGUGGAUUGAGCAGUACGGGACAGUGGAGAUUGUCAACCACAGCACUGGGGACAAGUGUGUGCUGAAUUUUAAGCCAUGCGGCAUGUUUGGCAAAGAGCUGCAUAGGGUUGAGGGAUAUAUCCAGGACAAGAGUAAAAAGAAGCAUCAUGUUCUCUACGGGAAGUGGACAGAGUGCGUAUUUAGCAUUGAGCCAAAAGUCUUCGAAGCCAACAGGAAAGCAGAGAAGAAAAGUGGAGGAGAUUCCAAGAAACACAAGCAGGAACAGGGCACAGGGGGUGAUGAUUCAGAUGAAAUGCCAGAUAUUCAGGAGACAGUCACUAUGAUCCCAGGCAGUACUCUUCUGUGGAGAAUAGCCCCUCGACCGGCAAACUCGGCACAGAUGUAUAAUUUCACUAACUUCGCAAUGACACUUAACGAGCUGGAGCCUGGCAUGAUUGGAGUCUUGCCACCAACAGACUGUCGCCUGCGGCCAGACAUCAGAGCUAUGGAGAAUGGGGAUAUAGAUACUGCAAGUCAAGAGAAAGAAAGAUUGGAAGAGAAGCAGAGAGCUGCCAGAAGAGAGCGUGCUAAAGAUGAGGAAGAAUGGUCUACAAGAUGGUUCCAGCAAGGCAAUAACCCAUACACUGGGGCAGCAGACUGGAUCUUCAAGGGUGGUUACUUUGACAGGAAGUACUCUGACCUUCCAAACAUCUACUGAUUGGGUUGGGAAAACUGAGAGAGGCUUGAGAAUGAGAUUCAUCCUUUGCUCUCCUUCACUCAGUCCAUAUCAUCUCCUCUCCUUAAGCUCUUUUUAAUGUUCUCUUUUUCCUUCGUCAGCGAGAAAGUGAACAGUUUUCGGACAAAGCCUCUUCAUAAAAUCUCUUCACUAGAAUCUGGAAAUUCAGCGUGAAUUUAUUUAUUUAUUUUGAGAGGUAGGGAAUGCCUUAAAUUAUUCACUUUUUUGAUGUAUGUUAGAUUUUGAGUUAAACAUUCUGUGCAAACCUGAAUGAAUAUGUUUCAAAAUUGCUAGUUUAUGUAUGCUAACCUACCUUUCCAUGCGUCUCGCUAGCUACACUCAGGUAUUCAUUUUAUGGGUACAAGCGGUUAGUGAUGGCAUCGAUCCAAUGUCAUCUGUGAAGAUAGCCAAUAUUUGUGUGAUUAUUAAAUUGUGAGGUUUCUCAGAACCUAUUAGGAUAGCUUAAUUUUGUGUUUUUGCUCAAACUAAUGCUAUUUUAUCUCUAGUAUAAGCUUUUUUUUCCUUAUCUCCUUAUGACCUCUGUUUUGGUAUGCAUGAUGUGCAGGAACUUCAUAGUUAAAGAUUCUGCCUGAUUUUGAGUACCCGAGAAGGAAAAGGACUUUAUUUUUCAGAAUCAUCCCAUCUAUGUUUUAGAAAUCACGGUUGGAUGUGGCACUCAGGCCGUUUUCUCACCAUCUCCAUGGUACAGGGAAGUUUACUAAAACAAAUAUUCUCAUUCCUCAUAUUUUAGAUCUGUUUUUUUUUUUUUUGUUCAACAGACAAGAAUGAAAGCUGCUUAUGAAAAAUGUUUACUUGUUAAAAAAAAAUACUAAAAAAAAGUUUUUUAAUCGUUAAAAAAGCUCUUAUAAAUAACAUAUUUCAUCCUGUCAUUGAUAUUUUGAGUAUGUUUAUGGUUGCCAAAGUCACUUUUCUCUCGUAGAAACUAAAGCCAUAUAACCCAUCAGGACUGCAAUGUAGAGUGAUCCAUCCUGGUGAAUAAAAUGGAGAUGGGUGCUAAACUCAACUUUUUAUUUUAUGUCACUUCAUGGCUCACGAAUGUCAUGGUGCUUCACCUUAGCCCACAUAUAUACUCACAUGUACCAAAAAUGAACAGAAUGUGCAGCACUGCUCACGUGCUUUUUGCCAUACAGCAAGUUUCAUUCUGCAAGGACUAAUUUUUUCCACACAUACAAAUCAUAAUAAACUUAGAGAUCGAGAAAGACACCACUGUCUUUUAUUUCUAAACUUUAAACAAUACUGUGAUUUGAACUCGCUAUGCAAUUGUUGAUGGGAAUGUCUGUCUGUCUGUCUGUCUAUGAAUUGUACAAUUUUAUGUGUCAAAAAGCUUCACUGUUUAGAUAAAAUCUUCAGUUGGCUUAGUUCAAAAGUGUCAAGCAUGCUAGUACUUUUGCUGAUGGUUUUACUCGCUCAUGUUGGCUGUUUUGCACUGCCUAAAGUCGGGCAGAUGUGUUGUUUGAUGGCGACAGGUGUAUGUAACUGUAGUGAUUAAUAACACUCUUAUCUAAAUAUUUGACAUGUUUAGCUUCUACACUUAAUGGGAGUUCAUCAUCUAUUGUGUAGCACAAGAAUAUUUAUCUUUAACAUGUUCCUUGUAGUGCGUACAAUUCAAAACGCCAAGCUUCGGGCUAUGGCCUACUUUAAAGGAAAUUGAAUUCCCUGUGUAUUUUAUAAAAUAUAUUGUGGCAUGUCUAAACAUAAAUGAUUUAAUCUCACUAUCAAUGCUUACUAGCUGUUAGAAAUAUCAGUAUUUUAUCCCACCAGCUGCUAAGUUAAUGGCUCUAAAUGUCCCUUGAAUCUUGAGACCUUAAAAACAACUCAUCCCUAAUUGUCUCAUGAUUUCCCCCCCCAUAUUUAUCAGUUAUUCCUGUAGCAAUCACAUCAAAUCUUGUCACACUGAAUGCAACUAUGUAAAGCAAACAUGCACUCAGAAAUAUUCAUUUUAAGUGAUUCUGUCUGUUCAUCUUGAGCUGUUUAUAUUGGUCGAGACACUAGGGAAUGAUCGUUUCUGUUGUGAAACUAUUUCACAGAUAGAAACCCAAAUUAUACCAUGGAGGUGCUAUGACGGCUUUACAUAAUUGUACAUGAUGUAUUGUGACGUUUUACUACAUUUGUAUAAUUCAUGUGAAAUGCACUUAAACAGUCUAAUAAUUCUGCUCACUUGUAAACUAGCAAUAUUAAUGAUAUAUGUAAGACCUCAUUAAUGCUAAUGAAAUAAAUUUCUUUUUUUUUCCUUUUUUGUGUCUCAAGAGACAAGCAUCAGUUUGAAAUUGUUGACAAACCAUUUGGGAGUACGUUUGUGAAUUAUUAUCUGUUGGCUGCAUUAACCUAAACUGUGAACUGAUCUCUAUCAAGGUCAAUGUCAUUGAUAAACAGGAUUUGAUUAAACACAUAACAGAAAAA